UCUGAUUAGUUUCGCGCCUGUCGAACGAAACAUGGCUUGGACGUAUUCCGCGCGACAGAAACUUGUCCUUGCGUUAUUAGUGCACCGCCUCCGACGGAAGCGCAGGCGCUCCAUGUACGCUCGUGAAAUUUUCGCGGAACGGAGAACCACCGGCGAGUACCACCAGCUAGUGCAAGAGCUGCGGCAGAAGGACCCGGAGUACCAUCUCAAGUAUUUCAGGAUGACCAAGGCCUCUUUUGACAGACUUUUGAGCCUUAUGUACGACCGCCUCAUCCAUCCGCCAAACCACAGGAACCCAAUCGGCCCAGCAGAAAGGCUAGCAGUCGCAAUACGAUUCCUGACAACCGGCGGCUGCAUGUUGGACAUUGCUUUCAGUUACCGCAUGCAUGCGUCCACAGUGUCCGGGAUUCUGAAAGAAACCCUACCUGCUAUUUGGGACUGUCUUUCCCCAGUUGUACUCGCACAGCCAAGCAAAGAUGAAUGGGAGGCCAUUAGAAGGAACUUCCAUUCCAAGUGGAACUUUCCGAAUGUUGUGGGGUGUAUAGACGGCAAACAUUUUGCUAUUACUUGUCCUGAUGGCAGUGGUUCGGAGUUUUACAAUUAUAAGGGUUUUUAUUCAUUGAUCAUGGUGGCUCUUGCAGACGCAAAUUAUCGCUUCACAUUGGUUGAUAUUGGUGCCCAGGGCCGAAUGUCUGAUGGCUCUUUUUUCAGUAAAAGUGCUAUCAGAACGAGUUUUGAAAAUAACACACUUGACUUGCCUUCGGGUCACAAUGGCCUGCCGCUCUGCAUCGUUGGAGACGCAGCAUUUCCACUGAGGCCCUACUUAAUGCGCCCCUACCCCGGCAGACAGUUGAGUGAAACGAAAAAAGUAUUUAAUUAUAGGUUGUCGCGUGCACGCCGGUGCGUCGAAAACGCAUUUGGAAUUUUAGUGUCUCGAUGGCGCUGCUUCCUCGGAACUGUCAGCGGUGACGUAGCGUUGCUCACAGACAUGGUUAAGGCGGCGGUUUGCCUGCACAACUUUCUUUUGUCUGACAAUGCCUACUGCCCAAGUGAUUAUGGUGACAGGGUCAGUGGUGACAAAAUCCAAGAAGACGGCUGGAGGCAGGCCAUAGCGCACGUAAGCCAUCAGAGUGCUGGCAAUGGCAGCCGCUCUGCUGCAGACGCCAUGCAAAUCCGGGACACCUUGGCAGAUUACUUCAUGUCGCCAUCAGGUUCCUUGCCAUGGCAGCUGAGGAUGGCCAGGCGCUGCUAAUGCAUGGUAUGAACUUGCUGACAAUCUGUCCGUAAGCUUAUUUCUUUUCCCUUCAAAGUAGGAAAAAUAUCACAAGUCAGGUCAAAUAUGAAUGUUUAUUAACAAUCUGGUGAUCACCGAGUUCAGGAGAUUCAACUGUAUUGCACUAGCAACAUAUCACAUAUACAUCCUUCGUUAAAAGUUUAUAGCCCGGGGGUUUCCUUCUGUGGCACACUGUGUGACUCACGUAUCCCCAGCAUUCCAAAUCUCGUGAAGAUAUUUAGUCUUGCCAGCUCCACUGCGUAAGUCUUACACGAUUGCUGCAGCGGUCCCACCACACGGCUUACAAGCAAACCCUUUAGGCACUAAAAUUUUGACAAAGGCUGUGCAUUCUUGCAACACUUAUGUUCCUUCGUGCUAGGUCAUUGCACAUCUGCUUUCUGUAAAAGCAUAUCACGUGAACGUGUGCAUUUGUUUUGUACGCCAUAAUAAAAGGAUUGACACAAAAUUUUUCUCAUUACAUUUCAGCUUUAUAAUCAUGUGUAAGACCUUCGUGAACAUGGAUCACCACGUGAAAUUUGCCUCGGGUCAGUAAAUAAUUUAGUAUUUCUUCUAUACAGUUCAGGUUGCUAAACGUUGGUUGUAAUGUCCAAAGUGAGCAUGUGAUCACAGUAUACGUACAAAACUUAAAUAUAAUCGCUGCAUUGUAGUUUUCAUUCAUGCCAACGCUUGCAUUACUUUUCCAGAAGUCGAAAUGACAGCGACUGGACAGCUAUUGCCCUUUUUUGUGCGCCUCACAUGAUCUCAUACUCGCUUGUGACUUCAGAAAGACCGUUCGGCAAUGUGGCACUGACACCGCAUGGGAGAAGAAAUUCAGUUGUAAAUUUACUGACCACAGGCUAUUAUGAGACGGUCCAUGUUCACUAAUAUUCUACGCAUAAUUAUAAAGCAGAAAUACAUAAAGAAAAAUUUUGUCGCGACCUCUUUUAAGACUUGCUUUCCUAUUUAAUGUUUCAUUUGAACACAUGCAGGAUGCGGACUAUAUCGCACAAGAUGUUUGAUAUGUGAAUGAAUGUGUGCUCCCUGAAUAAAUACAUGGCCGUAACUUCGGCAUUGCAUUCUUUCUCCCUUGUGUUUUCUCCUUAAGCAAUACAAAUGUCAUUCCCAAGGCAUCACAGACAGCCUGUACAACGAACAAAAGUCUGCAGCAUUGAAGUAGCAGGUAACACUACUA